AUGACGAAAUCUAUGGACAGAGUUUGGAAUAAACAUGACCUCUAUCCAUCUGCCAAAAACUAUGCCAAUCCUGAUGUCCUGAUUGAUACCUUCGAGAAACUAUCCAACCUUCACAAUCUGCUUCCCAAUCACCUGUCAGACAUGCUACAGUCUGAUAAGAGCAAAGAGCCCGAAGGUAAAUAUGAUGAAUCAGAAUUAUCUGGCUUAGAAAAGAUCUUAGCAAGACAACAAUUGCCAGAAGAGAUUUGUCUGUCCCCAAAGCCAAGCAAGAUGCCCUUGUGGAAGAAGAGGAGAAUCAGCAAUGUUGAAGGGUGGAAGAGAUGCAAUUUGUGGAAGAAAAACAUAAAGGAGCCUCCAAUGUGCACCAUAAUUGUCAGAUGGUUGAAAAAGAACAUGCAACCUAUUGAGGAUCUGAGGUCCGUGGUCCGAAAGCUGUCGAUGUUUGGCCCAAUUCGGACUGUCACUCCUUGUGGACGACAAAGCGCUAUCUUAGUGUAUGAAGAUUUAACUUCAGCUUGCAGAGCAGUGUCUGCCUUCUACAGCAGAAUCCCAGGCACAAUGUUCAACUGUUCCUGGCAGCAACGAUUCAUGACAAAAGAUCUAAAACUAGCAAUGGAAAAAGGCACAAGGAAGUUGAUUUAG